AUGACACCCGGCAAUGCGAUCUCGUAUACGCCCUACCUACCCGCUGUACCCAUUCCCCAGCAUCCCUACCUCAUCCCCUACCCCCUACCCUACCCCCAGGACCACCCCGGAACACCCUACCCCGUCACCCUGGGCCACCCGGCCACCCAGAAUCACCCCCCGGCCGCCCCAGUAGCCAGCCCAGUACUGGCAUUUAUAAUUCUUGGGCCAGAGGAACCUUUGUAA